CUUGCUUUCUUUUCUCCGAGCUCUCACUACUCCAUUCAUGGCUAACGAUGACCCCCAAACCCAAGCGUUCGAUCUCGUAAUCCUUGGCGCCUCCGGCUUCACCGGAAAAUACGUCGUCCGGGAAGCCCUCAAGUUCCUCGGCACUCCAAAUUCCCCUCUCAAAACCCUCGCCCUCGCUGGCCGCAACUCCUCCAAGCUAGCCCAAUCCCUAGCCUGGGCCGCCGCUCCCUCCCCUCCUCCCCCCAUCCCCCUCAUCUCCGCCGACGUCUCUGACCCCUCCUCCCUACUCGCUCUCUGCCGCCGCACCAAGCUCCUUCUCAACUGCGUCGGCCCCUUCCGCGUCUAUGGCGACCCCGUCGUCGCCGCCUGCGUCGAGGCCGGCAUCGACUACCUCGACAUCUCCGGCGAGCCGGAAUUCAUGGAGAGGAUGGAGGCUAAAUACCACGAGAAGGCCGUAAAGGUGGGAUCUUUGGUGGUUUCGGCCUGCGGGUUCGACUCGGUGCCAGCGGAGAUGGGGCUGAUGUUCAAUUCGAGGCAAUGGGUCUCGCCGGCGGUGCCGAAUCGGGCGGAGGCGUACCUGAGCUUGGAGUCGGAGACGAGGAUUGUUGGGAAUGUGGGGACUUACGAGUCGGCGGUGCUCGGAGUGGCCAAUGCUGGGCAAUUGCAGGAGCUUAGAAGGUCUAGGCCUAAAAGAGCUAGGCCUGCGAUUCCAGGCCCCCCACCUCCUAAAGGACCAUUAAUAGAGCACCAGAAGUCAGUUGGACUUUGGGCAAUCAAGCUACCCUCUGCUGAUGCCAUUGUUGUCCGUAGAACACUUGCUACUCUAACAGAGAACCCACAUGGUCUCCAGGGUGUUGAUGAAACUGAAGAGCAUAUUGAGAAGAGGAAGAAUUUCUGGUCAACAGUGAAGCCGGCCCAUUUUGGUGUGAAGAUUGGCACAAAAUCUCUGUUGGGCAUCAUGCGGCUCAUUGUAACUGGAUUGUUCAUCGGUCUCUUCGGUCAAUUUGCUUUUGGGAGAUCGCUGCUUCUAAAAUUCCCUGAAAUAUUCUCUCUCGGUUGGUUUAGAAAGACAGGACCGACGGAGGAAGAGGUGAGAAGUGCUUCUUUCAAGAUGUGGUUCAUUGGAAGUGGCUACAGCAAUGGCAGCCUUGCAUUACAAGGUGGUGGAAAACCAGAUGCCGAAAUAAUCACCAGAAUAUCAGGCCCUGAGAUCGGAUACCUGACCACUCCAAUUAUUCUAGUUCAAUGUGCUCUUAUUGUGCUGGGCCAACGUGCUAACUUGCCCAAAGGAGGUGUUUAUCCUCCAGGGAUUGUCUUUGGUCCAACUGAUCUCCAAGAACGGCUCCAAGAAAAUGGGAUAUCUUUUGAAGUCAUCUCAAAGAAGACUCUCUCACGUUGACCUCGUGUUUCAGAGUUUAAACAUAAGUCUCUUGCAUUGUUGUUUUCGUUUCUGUUAUAAUGCUGGUAGCUCGUUAUAAUAAUCUAGGUAAAGAUUUUGCAAGAUGACUUCAUCAAAAAAUAAAUUAGGGAUGUGAUGUUAUAUCAUGCAACGGGAUGCUACUGUUGAUGCUAUCACCAUAUAUGAACUGCUGCAGGGCCAUGAGGUCCAUAAUGUUGUUAAA